UCCAUUUUUUUGUUCUAUCUUAAUUUAUUUUUGUUAUGUUAUAAUUGGUUGUUCUUCAUUACAUAUAUAUAUCUUUUGAAUAGCAAGAAAUUAUGCUUAAAAACUGAAAUUUUUUGUUUUGGAACUAUUGCACCAUAAAUCUUUUUGUCUUUUAUUUAUGUAGAACUUUUGAUCAUCCUCAUCUUUAUGGUAAACUUGCUUUGUUUCAUGAUCAUUCAUCUCCUAGAAAAUACUGUCUACUUGGUUGUUCACAUAUUCAAUUAUGUCAGGUCUUGAAAAAAUUAAUACAUUCUUCUAGAAUUAUAAGGAUGUGGUUUAUGAUUAGAUUUACUAACAUCGCACUAUGAAGAUAAAGUAGCAUAAUCAUUCUAACAUGGAUUUUUGUAAAAUUAUAUCAUGUCUUAAAUUAUGUGAAAUUUGAACAUUGUAACUACUUAUUCGGAACAAACGGCUAGUUGUAGGCUAUGUUCAUCAAAUUGAAAGAAAGCUUGAGCUCCAUUUUGCUGGAAUAUAUUGUGCGCUUCUAGAGAAUCUAAGUUUGGAGAUUAUAAUUCUUAUGGAAAGUAAGAGGCAGGAUGAUGCUAACCAAUGGUUCUAGUGUGGUAGUUCUGUAGUAAGAUGAUACUUUGUCAUUAAUUAUGGCAUCUUCUAGUUUAUCGUGUAGGAAGGUGUCUAAACAUAAAGAGUUUGUCUUGUAAGAGACUGCCUACUUAUAAAUUAAAAUUAGACAAUGGUAAGCCCAAUAUUAAAAACAAAAUUAGCCUAAUAGUGACUAGGUUAAUUUCUUUCGGUGACUAGUUUAAUCCAUUUAGUAAUUAGAUCUACUUUUAAAUUAAAACUAGACUGCCUCUUUUAAUAAUUUUUGAAACAUAAAUACCUGUUGUUCCACUUUUUUUGAGGGAUGAGGUGGAGGUAAGUGCUCAUUAUACACCCAGGCCUAAAAUUAGGAUCUCAUAAUUUCAAUUUUCUCACUUGCACAUGCUUCACACAUGGGUAUAUGGAAAGGAAAUACAAUGGGUGUAUAAUAAAAUUGUAAAUAUACUAGUAAGUAUUGUGAGUGAAUUAGAUACUCCAAUUAGUUGAAGUGGACAUUGAUUUGCCACUAGUUAUGAUUGUCAUAUGAUAAAAUGCAAGAUUUGCAAUACACCUAUAGGGCCAUGAGAUGAAAUGUCGUGUUUCAAUUGGUUGUGUAAUACUUUCGAUGUCACUAGAGACUAAAAGUCAUCUGGCAGUCUAAGGUUUAAUGUGCCCUGGUAUUUAAGAUCAUGACUGCAAAUUUGAGUUUGAAUAGCUGCCCACCUAUCGUAGGUAUUUAAAUUUGAAAUAGCUCUUUUAUCUUAGUAAAGAAGCGUAAUUUAAGUUCAUAUUUGCCAGCUUGGUAUCAGUAUUAGUCUAUGUAAUUUAAGUUCUUAAGCUACUUAAGCACUUUGCAUAUUAUCAUACUUUCCCUACAAGAUCCUAAGACACUAAGGAUAGUUGGAUGAUACCUCUAGUCAGAUUUGGCUAGGUAUUUCCUUGAUUACUGCAGAAGUCAUUUUCAUAAUAUAUGAUUUCCAAGACGAUAUUGGAUUCUCAGCUGAGAAAGUGAUAAUAUGCUGGUCGUUUCUUCUUGCUAUGGUUUCCUGAAGGUUUUACCCUUUAUCAUCAAUUGAAGUAUUACUUUCUAUCAUGUAGGAGAAAAAACAAAGACUUUUGUGAAUGAUUUCAGUUUUAAUUUAUAAAAUGGAAGUACAUGCGGUGAUAAUGACAAAAAAAGAAGUUUGUAUUCAUUGUAGAUUUGAAGUUAUGCUUGAUGAUACAUGUAAUGAAGCUAUAGGAUUAAGAUUAUGCGAUUUAUUUGAUUGAUGAACCUUCUCUACUCCUUCAAUCAUGCUUCUUUAAUGUUCUAUGUGUUCAACGUUGGAAGUUUAGUAUCUUGAAUUUUAACAUGUUGAUUGCUUUUGUUUAGUAAUGGUAGUGGAAGAUAAAAUGUCAUAUAUAGUUUCUUUUUGUGUGUGUACAUGUACAUUUCUGAUCAUUUUUUUCGUUUUCGGUAAGUUUCCUUGACUUUGAUGAUUGGUUCACGUCUAGCCGAAUUGUCAUGCCUAUGUCACUUGCUGAGUAUGAAGUUGCACAGAUGUAUAUGGUUCUAAAAAUGCAACAGGAGAAUACAACAAAUGCUGAAGGAGUUGAUGUUGUGGAGAAUAAAACUUUUGAGGACAAUGUAUUUGGAAAGGGCCAUUAUACAUCAAAAGUAUAUAGUUUCCAAAGCAAAAUCCCCUCUUGGCUUACUACAUUUGCAUCCGCAGAUUCUCUCCUUUUGAAAGAGGAUGCCUGGAAUGCAUAUCCGAAAUGCCAAUCAGGUUGCUUUUAUAAGCUUCUAUUUUCUGAUAAACUUUUUAUUGCCAUAUUUGUAUACUUUUGUAAACUAAUAUGUAUAUUUUGUCUAUGUGACACUACACUCUGAACCCUGAACAUCUAGUGAUCAAGUGUCCAAGCUUUGCCAAGCUGCAUCUUACUAUUGAUACUAUUCACUUGGCUGAUAAUGGAAAAUCGGAAAAUAGAAGCUUCAAGGAGCAGCAAACUACAGGUGCUGGAGAAGGACCAUGGAGAUAAGUCUUGCUGCCAAAAGAAAGCUCGGGUUUGUGACAGGAGUGGUGAAGCGAGAUGCUGAAGAUGCCCAAAGACAGGACCAGUGGGAUACCUGUGACAAUAUAGUCAUUUCAUGGCUACAUGGCUCAAUGAUAGAAGCUGUGAGAACCUCUGUCCUGUACCUCAGAACCUCAAGAGAUAUCUGGGUACAGCUUGAAAGUAGAUUCAAGGUGACACAUGGAUCGAGGAAAUACAAGUUGAGCAAAGAGAUGUAUGAUACAAAACAAGAUGGAACUCCCAUCAAUGACUAUUACACUAGAAUGAGGGCACUCUGGGAAGAGUUUGAUGCUCUCAAUCAUCUGCCACCUAUCACUACUCUCACUGAAGAGAUCAAUGAGUUUGUGGGUGCUAUGAACAACCAGCUGAGUGAGCAACGCCUCUUUCAGUUCCUAAAUCGUGUAGAUGAAGACUACAACCCUCAACGAAGUCAGCUGCUUAUGAGAACCCCCUUGCCUACAGUGGAGGAAGCUUGUGCAUCUCUCAUACAAGAAGAAGCUCAAAAGGAGGUAUUGAACAUUUCUAAACUCACUCUGGAGUCAUCUGCUAUGUACAACAAGAAUAAUGCUGAAGGAGGAUGUACAGUGUGUGGUGGUAAAAAUCAUGGAGCAGAAACAUGUUGGCAUGUAGUUGGAUUUCUAAAGAAUCAUCCUAAAAACAGACAACCUCAGAAGAAACCUAGAAGAGAUGGAAACAAGUGGAGCAAGGCAAGGAAUCCUGUGAAUAGAAUGGCUGCAAAUGUCCAGGACAAGUCAGACCAACUUCUUACUACUGAACAGAUUCAACAAGUGCUGAAGCUACUUCCAAGUGGAUCAGGGGCCAUGAAGAAUGGAUCAGACACUGAGGAAGAAAUUGACACUGGUUUUACAGGACUCUGCUACACUGAAGAUUAGGGGAAUUGGAAGAGCUCGAGAUGGUCUUUACUAUCUUGUAAAUACACCUUUGAAGGACAUGAAAGUUGGAGAAAGAAACAAGAACAGCCAGGAGAUGAGAAGUGAAGGGAAGCAGAGAUCUACUGUUAGUGCUAAUCAUGUCUUUAAACAUUGUGGAGACUAUGUGCUGUGGCACAACAGAAUGGGACAUGCUCCUUUGAACAAACUUAAGCUUAUUGGCUGUGUAAAAACUAACUUUAAUGCUUCUAAUGCAGUGUGUUUAACA